GGCAGUUACAAAAAGGGAGCCAGUGACCUCUCGUGCCACCAAGUACAAAGUACCCAUCGAUGCCCAAACCUCCCGUACCCGGGGCUUUGGUUAAGGAGCAUGAUAUAUCCACCAAGCAGCUCAUGGACGACGCGCUAGUGGACCACGACGUGAGUGAAAGUGGCGGUGACUCGGACGACGAGUCGACCAAGCCAGCGCCCGUGAAACCGACCCCCAUGAUCCAAAAAGCCAUGUACAAGAUCAACUCGUACACAGCCUUGACCAAGCUGGAUAAAGGGGGCGCACAAACGCCGAAUGCUGCGACACCGACGGAAACUCGCCGCGCAUCGGUCAGGCCGGAGGCGGACGUCGUGUGCAGCCGGUGCGCGGGGAGCAAGGACAUGCCGAGUCUGCAUUUCGCGGCGUACGCCGGCCACGCUUCGUGUUUGGCCAAGUUGGUCCAAGACACGGGGUUCGUGGCUCAGGAUAAACACCACCGGACGCCCCUCUUCUACGCGUGCGCGUCCAACCAAGCCGAGUGCACAAAACUUCUGCUGCAGCUUCGCCCGCAGUGGAUUGACAUGCCGGAUUCGCAGCUUGACACGCCUGUGCACGUGAGCUGUUUCUUUGGGUGGGAGGUGUGUUUAGAGCUGUUGUUGGCGGCAGGAGCCAACCCCCACGUCCGCAACGCCAAGGGAUUUCGACCCAGUCAUAUCACAAAGACGCCUGCGUGUUUGAAAAUCCUCGUGGGGCAUGGGGACGACUUGCUCCAAGGGGACAAACUCGGGCGGACGCCGUUGUUUGUCGCAUGCACGCGGAAUCGGGUCGAUUGUGUCGAGUUUUUAUGUCAGUGGGACUACCAAGUGCACUCGUGGAUGCUAGAACAAGAAGAUGACCGAAACGAUCGGCCGAUCCACGCCGCGGCUUGCAACGGCAGCGUCGGCAGCCUCGAGGUCUUGGUCAAGUAUGGCGCCGACGUUUUUGCCCGAAAUGCACGAGGGCUCACGGCGGUCGAUCUGGCAGUCAACAACCACCACACGCCGUGCGUGGAACUAUUGCAGAAAGCUAUCAAAGACUCGGAAACAGCGUCGACGUGGUUUCAUCCUGCCAACGCCAGGCACGACAAUCGCCCGCAAACGUCAAGCGAGUGGAGCGAAUGCAUGGACACGGACAGUGGCUACGUGUUUUUCUACAACAACAUGACGGGGAAAUGCCAGUGGGAACGACCAGACGGAUAUGAAGUUCCCCCCGAUCCGAAUAGCACAGACGGAAUAUCGUCCGCUGUCCCAGACAACGCCGUUGUCGCCGUCACCACGCAUCCCCCUGAAGACGACGGAGGGGACUAUGUGUGGGUGAAAAAGAAGAAGAAAACGAUCAGCGUGGUCGCGAGCACCCAGUUGGAAUGGACGGUGGUGCAAGAUCCAGGCUCGAAAGCCAUAUACUACAAGAACACGCUCACGGGCGAGUCUCAGUGGGAAGAGCCCGAGGCGAUUCAAAAGCUGCAGCACGAUGCCCAAGCGCACACGUCGCAGCACGCCCAAGAGUUGUGGGACGAGCUCAACAAGUCCCGCGAUGCACUGGCAGAGAAACUCGAAGCCGAACGAAGUCGGCAGUUGGCCCUCACCACCGCCACCACGCAAGCGUUUCAGGCGUCGAUCCAGGCGCGCCGGGAGGAAAUGCAUCAAAAGGAGCUCAAAACGUUGUUGCCCAAGUCGUCAUUUGUUAAGGCCAAGCACAAACCGCCGUCGAUGCGAGGAUCGAUGAUGAAGAUGUCCAUGCACACGAUUCAAGACGUUGACAACGAAAACACGGACGAUUCCGACGCGCUCACGAAAUUGUGCGACGACGAGCCGUUUUUGAAUUUGUUUCUCGGGUCGUUCAUUCGGUACGACUCGACGACCGGUAGCAGCCAACAAGCCCGGCUCGUUGGCUCCAAACGCAGCUUGAAGUUGGACAUGACGGGCGCCCAGCGCAUUUACAAUGGCAUUUUUCACUACUACCUGACACUCUUGGACCCGUUCAACGUUGUGGGCAUGUCGAAAGGUCAAUUUCGAGUGUUGUUAAAGGACGCGGGGUUGCUUCCCAACCCAGGUGGAAGUGCCCCAGGGAACUUUGCCCCGCCGCUCAAACUGCAUGCGGCCGACAUGAUUUUCACGUUGCUAGCCACUCUCGACACCCGGGCGACGUUAAAAGAGUCGACGAUGCUCAUAACUGGGUUUUACAAGGCUAUGGUGAAUGUGGGCGAGCGAGCGGUGGCCACGCUGGACGAAAAGGUCGAAGCGGGCAUCGACGACGUCGACGCGUGGUUCUGUACCGAGUUCAUGCUGCCGCUGCUGCGCCGCCUCGCGAGUAAAAUGGCCGAAAAUGUCAAGCGAUACAAGGACAUUGACGCGGCGAUGGUGGGGGACCCACAAGUAAUGGCCCUCGUCGCGGGCAACCGCGUGCAGCUGCAAACGCUCCAUCGCUUCUACAGCAGCGACUUGAGGUUCAAACUCAUGACGUUCCAAACGCUGAGUCAACUCGCCACGGACUUUGGCCUGACGCCGACGCUGUGCUGCUCCGUGCCGACGUUGUAUCACGUGUGCGAAGCCAUCAAUUGGAUCAACGGCCACUCGUACACAGUGGUCAUUUCCUUUGAAAAGUUUGUGCAAAUUAGUCGGACGCUGGCGGUAUGACCGACCCCCCUUGGUUGAUGGAUCGCGAACGGCUAAAACAAGCAAAAAUGGUGAUACCUGUGGGAUGGUGGUUGUAGGUGCUGUUUCCCCAAGACGGCGCGACGGGGGAAGUAGCAUGCUGGCAAGCGUUUUUAGCGCUACUCAACACCCAUCGCCACAACCGCGCCACGACGUUGGGGACGGGCCCCCUCAACUUUGUACCGUUUUUAACCGACCUCAACCAAGUUCCAGCGAUGCAAGAGGCCAAGCCCCUUUUACCACCCAUGGAACAAGACGAAGAAGAUCCGGGAGACGAUAUGUAACGUUAGUGAAUGUAAAUUAUACAAAGGGUUUUGUUGGUGUGAA